AUGAGAAUGCAGUCAUAUCAGCUUUCGAAAGAAAAUGCUCGAUACGAAGAAGAGAGACUAAACGUGGGGCAUCGUAACUGGCGCGUCGAGGAGUACCCUGACUGGCUCCUGUUGGAGGUUGAGUCUAACCUACUUAUUCGUGAAACUCAAGUCGAAGUCGCGUUAGCAAUAAUCGCACCGGAAUCUCAAGCAAAUAGUGUUCUUCAGUUGAACAUGGGCCAGGGAAAGACAUCUUGUAUCAUCCCGAUGGUUGCAGUGCUACUCGCUGAUAGCAAGAACCUUGUGCGAGUUUCCGUACCUAAAGCUCUUCUACAUCAAACAGCGCAGCUACUCCAUGGGCGCUUAGGCGGCCUUGUAGGUAGAGAGAUUAGCCACGUACCAUUUUCUCGAAAAACGCCAACCAAGGAAGAUCACAUAAAGCUAUUCCAUAGGAUACAUCGCGAUAUUCAGAGAAAACGUGGAGUGAUGCUUUGCCUUCCUGAGCACCAAAUGUCAUUCAUGCUAAGCGGCCUUCAGCGGGUUCUAGAUCAGCGGAUUCCCGAAGCUAGCAUGAUGGUUCGCGUGCAAAAGUGGUUACAAUCCUGUGCCCGGGACGUACUGGAUGAGAGUGACCACACAUUAGCGGUAAAGACACAAUUAAUCUACCCAUCUGGGUCGCAAAUGUCUGUUGAUGGACAUCCACAUCGUUGGAUUGUAGUCGAACAGAUCUUGGCUUUGAUGGAUAUGCAUCUAUACGAUCUUGCUACCAGUUUCCCCCAAUCAAUCGAAGUUGUAAGACGUUCGCACGGGGGUUUCCCUUUUGUUUUCUUCCUCCGGCCAGAUGUUGAGGAAGAAAUGAUCAAGCGGCUCAAAGUCGACGUUUGCCGUGGUACCAGAGGUAUUUUACCAAUAGACACAAUCGACCCGGCUGAUCGUCUAGCCAUUAAAGAGUUUCUCUCUGGCGGCAAGGUUCGUCCUUCCAGUUUAGAUCGCAUCAACCGUUUAUGCCCAGAUCGUCCACAUAUUCGACAGACAGUGCAUCUACUACGAGGGCUUUUUAUUCAUCGCAUUCUAAUCAUGGCACUCAAAAAACGAUACGGAGUCCAAUAUGGAUUACAUCCCUCUAGGAAGCCUGUAGCGGUCCCUUUCCACGCAAAGGGGGUUCCAAGCGAGCAAUCGGAAUUUGGACAUGUUGAUGUGGCUAUCCUAUUAACUGCGUUGGCCUUUUAUUACAGUGGUAUUAAUCUAUCACAAACCCGCCAAGCUCUGGAGGCCGUCUUGAAAUCAGACGAUCCCGCUUCUGAAUACGAUAAAUGGACCGAGGAUGAGGCUUUCCCUGAUUACUUGAGGGACUGGCACUCAAUCAACGUUGACGACACUCAGCAGAUGAGCACAAACGACAUCAAGUCGCUUCUACCACUUACUAUUAAACAAGACGACUUACCCUCAUUAUCGCAUACGAAUGCAGAGGUACUCACCUAUCUCCUGCAGCCACGGUCAAGGAAGUACGUUGUUAUGGCUGAUCAUAAUCAGAAGCGUCUCAGCGAGAUCGCAUUCUUGCAAAUGCUUAGAAAGUUUAAUGGCGGUAUCCGUAUCUUGAUCGAUUCUGGAGCCCAAAUCCUCGAACAAUCCAACAAGGAGCUGGCCGAGAAUUGGCUCAGAAUAGAUGGAAGGGCAGCUGCCGCACUCUACUUCGACGGAGAUAGCCCAUUCAUCCUUUCUAAGCAGAAUACGAAGACCCCAUUACUUGCCUCUCCCUAUGCAGAUAAUCUUCAAGAAGUACUUGUAUAUCUUGACGAGGCUCAUACUCGGGGGACCGAUCUCAAGUUCGGCCCAAAAGCUUGUGCAGCUCUCACUCUUGGCUUAGGCCAGACGAAAGACCAUACGGUGCAAGCUGCAAUGAGAUUACGGCAACUCGGAACGACACAGUCUGUUAUAUUCUUUGCGCCGCCCGAAGUUAACCAGAGUAUUCGAGAUUUAUGUAGCAAAAAAGACGACCACCGAGUAGAUUCAUACGACGUGAUCCGCUGGCUCAUCAACAAUACCUGUGAUGGAAUCGAACAACUGCAGCCGCUAUUCUACUCCCAAGGAACAGAUUUCUGUAACCGGAUGCAAGCAGCAGAGGAUUUUCCAGAUUUCCUAGUUAAGGACGAGGAUAGGAUAGCGUUCAUUGAUGCUGUUAAACAUAAAGAACGGCAAACCCUGCAGCAGCUUUACGGCACUCAAUCUAGAGCAAAGGCAAAUGUAUCGGUGAAAACAAAUGCCAAAAUUGCAAGCUUCGCUAAGGAACUCGAAUCUCGCAAGAAAAACUUCCAGGACACUGGUCAGGCUGUUCGUGCUUCGGCCCUGCAAGAGGUAGAACAGGAGCGAGAGACCGAAAAUGAGGUUGAGACGGUGCGCCAAGUCAAAAAGCCCAUGUCGUACACAGCUCUCAAAUUCCCUGGGCUCCAUAGGGACCUAGAGACUUUUGCUAGGACAGCCAGGAUUCCUGCCGGGUCGGAUACUUUCGUUCAUGUCAUGCGAGCUCUUACGAGGACUGCGCUUGGUAGGAAACAUAAGGUAAACCACGAAGUCAGCUCCUCCCAGCUAUUUGUCUCGAGUGAAUUUGAACGGACGGUUAAGUUGGUCUUUGAAGCGGCAAACGACAAUUUUCUGCGCCCUGUCCAGUGGAUUCUUUAUGCAACUUCUCCAGAAGCAGCAAUUAUUGUCACGCCCGAAGAAGCUGAGCAUCUGAUCCAGAUCAUCCAAGAAACAGAGAAAGAGAAACAGAGAUGCCCAACUCGACUUCUAACAUACGCAGCCCCUGUUACUCGACGGAUGAUGCAUUUCAAUAAGCUAAGCUUCUAUUCUAUGCCACCUCUUCCUCCGGACUGGAAGCCCUCAGAAUGGAUCACUACUGAGCUCGGAUUCUUCGCCGGAAGAUUAUACUUCGAGUUCUCCGAGUACGAUAGCAUCUGUAGGAUGCUGGGCAUAGAUGUGUCCAAGCCUGGGAUUGAUGAGUUUGACAGCUCAGAAACGGAUACUACUGAGCAGCAGACAAGUUCUACCACUGAGAAGUCGAGUGUAGCGACGUCUCCAAGCUCCAACGAGGUACACAGAGUUAUCGAAAGUCCACUAAAUGAGAAGCCCCAAAAACCCAAGCGCUUAGAUUCAACUCUCACGUCAAAGCCUUACACGUUCACACAGGAAUACUUAGCUGUCCGGCGACGCGGGCAGGACUUUACGCAUACCCCCAUGGGAUUCUUGAGCAGCGGGAAGCCAUUAACCGAGGAUAGUCCUUUCUUCCGUCGUGCGGAUACUAUCCGACGUAGUCAAGGUUUAGUACCCGUAGGAACAGCCCAGGCCGACGACGAAGAGGGAGAUGCAGCGGAAGACAUGAUGGAUCUAGGAAACUACGAUCCUUCAGCAGAGGUUCAAGAUGAUGAAGAGCAUAUCACGAUAGAAUACGACGAGUCUGAAUUGCACCCUGUAGGCGAAGAGGAAGAUGACUCCAGCACCGAGGCUUUGGCUCCUGGAAAGGUUGAUAGGCAGCGACCUACUAAGCUGAAGUCCAAACGAGGUGGAUUUGCUAUGAGUUAG